AGCUAAGGUGCGCCGCUCAGCAAAGAGAUAAGACCGUGGUUCUUUAGCGCGUGUGGCUGUUCCCGCGGGUCCUUGGAGAGGAAUAUCACUGAGGAGGCAGUCAUAAGAAGGUUCUCCAAAACAGAGCAGUCUGAGCUGGGAAUGGCGACAACAUUGGUGACUGCUUAUUCCCCGGCUCCUCUGAAUCUGAAGAAGAGGGGGCUUCGAGUAGUGGAGGAGAAUCACUGCUCUGCUCACGAACAGGGAGUCAAGCUGCAGGGAAAGAGCACAGGCCUCGGACAGGAGCCAUUAUGCAAACAGUUCAGGCAGUUGCGGUAUGAAGAGACUGCAGGACCUCGAGAGGCACUGAGCCGGCUCCGGGAACUGUGCCGACAGUGGCUGCAGCCUGAGACCCACAGCAAGGAGCAGAUCCUGGAGCUACUGGUGCUGGAGCAGUUCCUGACCAUCCUGCCUGAGGAGCUCCAGGCCCGGGUGCGGGAGCAUCACCCAGAGAGCGGGGAGGACGUGGUGGUCGUACUGGAGGAUUUGCAGCCAGAGCUGGGUGGAGCAGGACAGCAGGUGGACCCAUACCAGGCAAAGAAACAGAAAAUGCCUGUGGAGGAGACAGCCCCUCUGAAAGCAGUGCCGGAGCAGCAGGUCCAACCUGAGUGUGAUGUUCCAAAGCCUGAAAGAGAGAAGGGUAAGGACACCAAGAUUGAGAAUGGGAAGCUGGUUGUAGAGAAAGGCUCCUGUGGAGGAGUAGAAUCAUCUGGGAAAAUAUCUGAACCCAAAGAGACUCAUUACAAGGACUCUGACUUGGAUAGGCAGCAGAUCAAGCCCAAGGAGAAGAUUGACUAUAAAUGCUCAGAAUGUGGGGAGGGGUUUAUCCACCACUCAGAACUGACUAAGCAUGAAGGUUUGCACAAGGGAGAAAAGCUCUGUGAAUCUGAAGCAUCUCAGAGUUCUAAUCUUACUGGACUUCAGAAAAUCCACUCUAGAGAGAAAGGUCAUCAAUGUGAUGAGUGUGGGAAAGCUUUUCAGAGAAGUUCACACCUUGUCAGACAUCAAAAAAUUCAUCUUGGCGAGAAGCCUUAUCAGUGCAAAGAGUGUGGAAAGGUCUUUAGUCAGAAUGCUGGCCUUCUGGAACAUCUCAGAAUCCAUACUGGAGAGAAACCUUAUCUAUGUAUCCAUUGUGGAAAGAAUUUUCGGCGCAGCUCUCACCUUAAUCGACACCAGAGAAUUCACAGUCAGGAGGAGCCCUGUGAGUGUAAGGAGUGUGGGAAAACCUUUAGUCAGGCCCUUCUUCUCACCCACCAUCAGAGAAUCCACAGCCACUCCAAAGGCCAUCAGUGUAAUGAGUGUGGGAAAGCCUUCAGUUUGACCUCAGACCUUAUUCGACACCACAGGAUUCACACUGGAGAAAAACCUUUCAAGUGUACUAUAUGCCAGAAAGCCUUCCGACUAAACUCGCACCUCGCUCAGCACGUGAGAAUCCACAAUGAGGAAAAACCCUAUGGAUGUAAGGAAUGUGGAGAAGCGUUCAGGCAGAGGUCUGGUCUUUUUCAACAUCAGAGGUAUCACCACAGAGAUAAACUGGCCUGAUGCAGUGUCUUCUGUGGACUGUCAGAGACAGUGCAUUAGUAAGCAAGCAACACUUUAGGAAAGGUCACUCUAGCUAACUCUAGCAGAGAACUUUUUGGGGCCAAGUUGGAGGCUAUCUGCCUCUACUCUUUCUCCUUUGUUUUCCUUGUAGUCAGCUUUGGACCACAAUAAUUUGACCCUGGGUGGUGUGGGAUCAAAGGUAAACAAGAGUUCUUACCGCAGGACUUCUCAGAGCCUUUAAUGUGGUAAAUGCAUAUUUGUAUAUCUCCAGGUAGUAGAGAGCCUCAUGAAGUACGGCAGCAGACUCCUGUACGAUAAAAGCAAUGAGCUUUGGAAAUGUCUCACACUCAGAGGGAUCUUAAAGUGCAGGUCAAUGUGAACAUUUACCCCACUGGCUUUACUACCCUUCUCACCCCCAACCCCCAGUCAGCAGAAGCGUUUUGGAAAGCAAAGAUCAUCUAAUUUUACUGUUUCCCAGCCCCAUCUCUGCCAUAAUACCUCACUGAUUCAAGUUAGAAAUUACAGUUUCAUUUAGACUAUGGAAGAGAUCUCAUAAGUCGUUUAAAUGAACUGGGCUGAAUUAAUCUAAGUAGCAACUAUCUUACUUGAUAACUCCAGUGUCAGUAUAGUGGUUGCCGCAUAGACUCUAUUCAAUAAAUGGUUGGGGGAAGAAA